GGAUACAACAGCGGUGUAAAUGCAGUAUUAUGCCGUGUCUUAAAUAAUUGUCAACACAUAGUAUCGCCAUAGGUCUUGGUUACCGUAAUGUAGUGGGUGUUGGAGUACUAGGCUAUCAGCAUCUCGGACCGAUAUUCGACUGGAGUUUGAUGUUCUGCACAUGUAGGACAUGUGACUGUUACUGUUUCAGAGACAACGUGGUGUUCGGCUCGAGCAGGGGACCGUACGAGUAUGGAUCCAACGUGUUUUACCAAGACAAGGACGUGCUGCCCAGCUGUAGGCAGAGCAGUUUGGGACAAGGUGCACAAACCUCACUCCCCCAGGAUUACCCGUCUGAUCAGGGCAGGAACGGCUCGCAGGAACAGAAGGGGAACAUUCAGAUCUUCCCGUGGAUGCAGCGGAUGAACUCUCAUAGCGGAGUUGGAUACGGUUCUGACAGACGAAGAGGCCGCCAAAUUUACUCCCGGUACCAAACUCUAGAACUCGAAAAGGAAUUCCAUUUCAACCGCUACUUGACGAGACGCAGACGUAUCGAAAUCGCCAAUGCACUCUGUCUCACCGAACGUCAGAUAAAAAUCUGGUUCCAGAAUCGCCGGAUGAAAUGGAAAAAGGAAAGCAAUCUAACUUCGACUCUCACCGAAAGUGUUUCGGCAGGGGUGAGUCAAGACACGGGUAAAGAGGACACAGAAGAGGCGACAGAAGAGAAGAAAGAAUGAACGACUUCCUAACUUACUAUAUGCAUCAAUCCGCCGUUCUGUGAGGAAAACUUAACUACCUAUCAAGUAGCCUACCUAUCAACUAUUGUUUGGCACAAUAAAGAAACUAGUGUAUUAAUAUGUGGCUGCGUUAAAUGCAAUGUGGACGCUACAUAUCUUCAGACAUCAAUGUUUGCCUUUUUCAUUUCUUUCUGUAUUGGAUAUGAACAUUUCACCGUGACCACAUCAUUUCAUUCCUUACUUGACAUUCCCUUAUAUACCCAAACUGUGUGUAACGCGAAGACAUUCAUCAUUAAAUGUUCUUAAAUGCUGUUUGACAGCAAUGAAAAACAGUGGUUCUCAGAUGUCUAUACACCCAUGAUGUUGGCAAUAUGUUUUACAAAAGUAAUUGUCAUAAGAUAUGAAGGAAGGUAUAAGCGUUACAUCCGCUUGAGUAACCCAUUUAUGUUUUUUCUUCUUCGUUUUGCUGUUUUGUUGUGCGAAAAAAACUAUGCUGAAUAAUAACGACUCACACUACCUAAAUUGUUGAUAUGUUUGUAAAUAUAUGUAUAUCUAUAUUACACGCCUUAGUCCUGUGAGAGCAUUCGUCCGCAUCCCGCACCUUCUUUGUAUUAGCUAGCCUACUUUAUUUAUGUUUAGAUAUGUACCAGUAGGCUAGCCUACAUUGAGUAUGUGGUCAAAUCAUAACUGGCCGAUGUGGCUUGAAUUGUAGUGUUAGUUGAAAAUCCAAAAUAAAACAAUAACAGUGAUGAAGGCUAUGAAAUUCACCUCAAGUCAUAUUUAAUAAAACUGUUAA